CAGGCACUUCUGUUUGAGUGAGAAGGACAGACACCACAGGCCAGGGGUCGGCCAGGAUGUUGCCAGGGCUGCUUCUGGUGGCCACGUUCUUUCUUUCUUCAGUUCCAGUAAAUGCUAUAAGAGAACUCCAUGGAGUAAAGAAGUAUGAAGUGGUUUACCCCAGAAGACUUCAUCCACUGUAUAAACGAGAGGUCAAGAAGCCACAUCAACAGGAAAAAUAUGAAACUGAAUUGAAGUAUAAAAUGACAGUUAACGGGAAAAUGGCAGUGCUUUAUUUGAAAAAAUCCAAGGAUCUCCUGGCACCAGGCUACACGGAAACACAUUAUAAUUCCACAGGAAAGGAGGUCACCUCCAGCCCACAGAUCAUGGAUGACUGUUAUUAUCAAGGACAUAUUAUUAAUGCAAAAAUUUCUGAAGCUAGCAUCAGCACAUGUAGAGGUCUAAGGGGCUACUUCAGUCAGGGAGAUGAAAGGUACUUCAUUGAACCUUUAAGCCCUGCAAAUCAGGAUGAACAGGAGCAUGCACUCUUCAAGCAUGAUCCCGAUGAAAAGAAGGCUCCCAGCACCUGUGGGAUGGAUGACAUGAUAUGGGCACAUACAUCUCGGAAGAAUGUGACCCCACCUGCCACCAGUCUGGUCAAAUUAAGUGACCAUGACCGGAAAGUUUGGGAACAAAAGAAAUACAUAGAAUAUUACUUGGUCCUGGAUAAUGGUGAGUUUAAAAAGUACAAUCAAGAUCCAGAGAAAAUAAGAAAGAGGGUGUUUGAGAUGGCCAAUUACGUCAACAUGGUUUAUAAAAAGCUCAAUACUCAUGUGGCCUUAGUGGGGAUAGAAAUCUGGAAUGAUGAGGAUAAGAUAAAGAUCACCCCAAAUGCAAGCUUCACCUUGGAAAACUUUUCUAAAUGGAGGGGGGAUAUCCUCCUUAGAAGAAAGCGUCAUGAUAUUGCUCAGUUAAUCACGGCAACAGAACUUUCUGGAACAACUGUGGGUCUUGCUUUCAUGUCCACAAUGUGCUCUCCUUACCAUUCUGUUGGCAUCAUUCAGGACCACAGUGACAAUGUACUUAAAGUUGCAGGGACAAUGGCCCAUGAAAUGGGCCAUAACUUUGGGAUGUUUCAUGACGCCCAUGUUUGCAAGUGCCCUGCUACAAUCUGUGUGAUGAACAAUGCACUAAGCUUCCAUAUACCCACAGACUUCAGUUCCUGCAGCCGUGUCAGCUAUGCCAACUAUUUUGAAGACAAAUUAUCAAAUUGCCUCUUUAAUGUUCCGUUACCUACAGAUAUCAUAUCCAACCCAAUCUGUGGGAAUCAGUUGGUAGAAAUGGGAGAGGACUGUGAUUGUGGGACUUCCGAGGAAUGCACCAACAUCUGCUGUGACGCUAAAACAUGUAAAAUCAAGGCAGGUUUUCAAUGUGCGUUAGGAGAAUGCUGUGAAAAGUGCCAGUUUAAAAAGGCUGGUAUAGUGUGCAGACCAGCAAAAGAUGAGUGUGACCUGCUGGAAAUGUGUGAUGGUAAAUCUGGUAUUUGCCCUGCUGACCGAUUUCAAGUCAAUGGCUUCCCUUGCCAGGAUGGGAAGGGCUACUGCUUCAUGGGGAUGUGCCCCACGCUGCAGGAGCAGUGCACCGAGCUCUGGGGAGCAGGAACUGAGGUUGCAGAUAAGUCAUGCUACAGGAAGAACGAAGGUGUGUCAAAGUAUGGGUACUGCCGCAAAGUGAACAACACACGUAUUCCCUGUAAAGCAAAUGAUGCCAUAUGUGGGAAGUUGUUCUGUCAAGGUGGGUCAGAUAAUUUGCCCUGGAAAGGACGUAUAAUAACUUUCCUGACAUGUAAAACAUUUGAUCCCGAAGACAGCAGUGAAGAAAUAGGCAUGGUAGCCAAUGGAACUAAGUGUGGAAAUAAGAAGGUUUGCCUUAAUGCAGAAUGUGUAGAUAUCGAGAGGGCCUACAAAUCGACCAAUUGCUCAUCUAAGUGCAAAGGACAUGCUGUGUGUGACCAUGAGCUCCAGUGUCAGUGUAAAGAGGGCUGGGUCCCUCCUGACUGUGAUGGCUCCUCUGUCGUCUUCCGUAGGUCACAGUCUGACCCUGGCACCAGGCCAUGCAGACAGAAGAGGAAACCACAGACAAUGAAGGCUCUUCAUUGCAAAGAGAAAAGUCAGAUGAAGCUUCAUGCCCUUGACCUGCCAGUGGAUGGCAGUGAGCCUCCAGCUUCUUUUCAUGAAGAAACAAAGGUCCUUUCCUCUACUGUUUUCAAGGAUAAGCCAAUGUCUAUGCCUAAGGGCUCCAAUCCAAAUGUCUGAAGCGACAGCUAAGCAAGGAUUGGUGGGUAAAUGAUCAACUUGAAUGAUGGGACAAUCUGGAUAGAAGAGAAAUAUAUGGGCUAUCUCACUACUAUUUGCUCUUGAUACCCAAAGAGGUUAACAUUUCUUGAUUCAUGUUAUACUUUGAAGAGAUGAAAUAAAAUGUUU